AUGUUCGCGCUGGUUUUUUCCCGGGGCUUCGCCACGCACAAUAAUUCGGUGUCGAUUCUACAGCAACACUACAACCGUCUUCCGAUUCGUAAGAAGUUCAUACGAGCGAUUAAGCGGGGCACCCUGGUCUGGGAUCGCGGCCAGGUUAAGAUUCCACCGCUUCACUGCGAGGGGUACGACCCACCACGGCAGUGCCUGUUGCCGAACGAGCGUCACCGGCGCCGCCAGUACCGCGGCCGCUUCGAGCAUCUGCAGUCGAAGCGCGUCUCCUUCUUCGACUGA